AUGCUUCUGCGACCAGCGCUGCGAACUCCUCCGGGAUCGGAUCAGCCGUUGCUGUUUCCCCGGGUCGUCUUCAGGUCCAGCGACCAAACUCACUACUUUAACUGCCCAUAUCAGCUGGGCAGCGGCAGUGCGCCUGUUGAGGCUCCCGAUUUCAUCCGCGUUCGGGUUCGAACUGGCGACCUGGUCAUUGCUGCAACCGACGGGGUCUUUGACAACCUGUUUGAUCACCAGGUGCAAGCCAUUGUGGCGCAGCAACUGGCAAAAGCUUGGAGCGUCGGCGCGCCGGUCAGCCCGCAUCUAAGCGGUCUCGCCACCAGUAUCGCCAAGCAGGCACAGCGCAUUGGGCAGCAGGAGGACAACAAGGACAUCAUCACACCGUUUGCAUUGGCCGCUCAUUCAGAAGGCCUAUCAUUUCGAGGUGGCAAACUCGAUGACACCACAGUCGUCGUUGGAUUGGUUUGUGGUGAUCUUGCAAGCGGUGAAGGUAAGGAAGCCGAGCUCCUGCAUAACUUCCGCUGA